UGUGCAACAGCAGGCGAUGUGGAUGGCAUGGUGUCUGGCGCCGUGCACACCACCAUCGCCACCAUCCGCCCGGCUGUACAGAUGAUCCCCGUGAGUAGAGAUGGUGAUGAUCCCUGUGACUGCUGCUCUGAGUGUGCAACAGCAGGCGAUGUGGAUGGCAUGGUGUCUGGCGCCGUGCACACCACCAUCGCCACCAUCCGCCCGGCUGUACAGAUGAUCCCCGUGAGCAGAGAUGGUGAUGAUCCCUGUGACUGCUGCUCUGAGUGUGCAACAGCAGGCGAUGUGGAUGGCAUGGUGUCUGGCGCCGUGCACACCACCAUCGCCACCAUCCGCCCGGCUGUACAGAUGAUCCCCGUGAGUAGAGAUGGUGAUGAUCCCUGUGACUGCUGCUCUGAGUGUGCAACAGCAGGCGAUGUGGAUGGCAUGGUGUCUGGCGCCGUGCACACCACCAUCGCCACCAUCCGCCCGGCUGUACAGAUGAUCCCCGUGAGCAGAGAUGGUGAUGAUCCCUGUGACUGCUGCUCUGAGUGUGCAACAGCAGGCGAUGUGGAUGGCAUGGUGUCUGGCGCCGUGCACACCACCAUCGCCACCAUCCGCCCGGCUGUACAGAUGAUCCCCGUGAGUAGAGAUGGUGAUGAUCCCUGUGACUGCUGCUCUGAGUGUGCAACAGCAGGCGAUGUGGAUGGCAUGGUGUCUGGCGCCGUGCACACCACCAUCGCCACCAUCCGCCCGGCUGUACAGAUGAUCCCCGUGAGUAGAGAUGGUGAUGAUCCCUGUGACUGCUGCUCUGAGUGUGCAACAGCAGGCGAUGUGGAUGGCAUGGUGUCUGGCGCCGUGCACACCACCAUCGCCACCAUCCGCCCGGCUGUACAGAUGAUACCCGUGAGUAGAGAUGGUGAUGAUCCCUGUGACUGCUGCUCUGAGUGUGCAACAGCAGGCGAUGUGGAUGGCAUGGUGUCUGGCGCCGUGCACACCACCAUCGCCACCAUCCGCCCGGCUGUACAGAUGAUACCCGUGAGUAGAGAUGGUGAUGAUCCCUGUGACUGCUGCUCUGAGUGUGCAACAGCAGGCGAUGUGGAUGGCAUGGUGUCUGGCGCCGUGCACACCACCAUCGCCACCAUCCGCUCGGCUGUACAGAUGAUCCCCGUGAGUAGAGAUGGUGAUGAUCCCUGUGACUGCUGCUCUGAGUGUGCAACAGCAGGCGAUGUGGAUGGCAUGGUGUCUGGCGCCGUGCACACCACCAUCGCCACCAUCCGCCCGGCUGUACAGAUGAUCCCCGUGAGUAGAGAUGGUGAUGAUCCCUGUGACUGCUGCUCUGAGUGUGCAACAGCAGGCGAUGUGGAUGGCAUGGUGUCUGGCGCCGUGCACACCACCAUCGCCACCAUCCGCCCGGCUGUACAGAUGAUCCCCGUGAGUAGAGAUGGUGAUGAUCCCUGUGACUGCUGCUCUGAGUGUGCAACAGCAGGCGAUGUGGAUGGCAUGGUGUCUGGCGCCGUGCACACCACCAUCGCCACCAUCCGCCCGGCUGUACAGAUGAUACCCGUGAGUAGAGAUGGUGAUGAUCCCUGUGACUGCUGCUCUGAGUGUGCAACAGCAGGCGAUGUGGAUGGCAUGGUGUCUGGCGCCGUGCACACCACCAUCGCCACCAUCCGCCCGGCUGUACAGAUGAUACCCGUGAGUAGAGAUGGUGAUGAUCCCUGUGACUGCUGCUCUGAGUGUGCAACAGCAGGCGAUGUGGAUGGCAUGGUGUCUGGCGCCGUGCACACCACCAUCGCCACCAUCCGCCCGGCUGUACAGAUGAUCCCCGUGAGUAGAGAUGGUGAUGAUCCCUGUGACUGCUGCUCUGAGUGUGCAACAGCAGGCGAUGUGGAUGGCAUGGUAUCUGGCGCCGUGCACACCACCAUCGCCACCAUCCGCCCGGCUGUACAGAUGAUCCCCGUGAGUAGAGAUGGUGAUGAUCCCUGUGACUGCUGCUCUGAGUGUGCAACAGCAGGCGAUGUGGAUGGCAUGGUGUCUGGCGCCGUGCACACCACCAUCGCCACCAUCCGCCCGGCUGUACAGAUGAUACCCGUGAGUAGAGAUGGUGAUGAUCCCUGUGACUGCUGCUCUGAGUGUGCAACAGCAGGCGAUGUGGAUGGCAUGGUGUCUGGCGCCGUGCACACCACCAUCGCCACCAUCCGCCCGGCUGUACAGAUGAUACCCGUGAGUAGAGAUGGUGAUGAUCCCUGUGACUGCUGCUCUGAGUGUGCAACAGCAGGCGAUGUGGAUGGCAUGGUGUCUGGCGCCGUGCACACCACCAUCGCCACCAUCCGCCCGGCUGUACAGAUGAUCCCCGUGAGUAGAGAUGGUGAUGAUCCCUGUGACUGCUGCUCUGAGUGUGCAACAGCAGGCGAUGUGGAUGGCAUGGUGUCUGGCGCCGUGCACACCACCAUCGCCACCAUCCGCCCGGCUGUACAGAUGAUACCCGUGAGUAGAGAUGGUGAUGAUCCCUGUGACUGCUGCUCUGAGUGUGCAACAGCAGGCGAUGUGGAUGGCAUGGUGUCUGGCGCCGUGCACACCACCAUCGCCACCAUCCGCCCGGCUGUACAGAUGAUCCCCGUGAGUAGAGAUGGUGAUGAUCCCUGUGACUGCUGCUCUGAGUGUGCAACAGCAGGCGAUGUGGAUGGCAUGGUGUCUGGCGCCGUGCACACCACCAUCGCCACCAUCCGCCCGGCUGUACAGAUGAUCCCCGUGAGUAGAGAUGGUGAUGAUCCCUGUGACUGCUGCUCUGAGUGUGCAACAGCAGGCGAUGUGGAUGGCAUGGUGUCUGGCGCCGUGCACACCACCAUCGCCACCAUCCGCCCGGCUGUACAGAUGAUACCCGUGAGUAGAGAUGGUGAUGAUCCCUGUGACUGCUGCUCUGAGUGUGCAACAGCAGGCGAUGUGGAUGGCAUGGUGUCUGGCGCCGUGCACACCACCAUCGCCACCAUCCGCCCGGCUGUACAGAUGAUACCCGUGAGUAGAGAUGGUGAUGAUCCCUGUGACUGCUGCUCUGAGUGUGCAACAGCAGGCGAUGUGGAUGGCAUGGUGUCUGGCGCCGUGCACACCACCAUCGCCACCAUCCGCCCGGCUGUACAGAUGAUACCCGUGAGUAGAGAUGGUGAUGAUCCCUGUGACUGCUGCUCUGAGUGUGCAACAGCAGGCGAUGUGGAUGGCAUGGUGUCUGGCGCCGUGCACACCACCAUCGCCACCAUCCGCCCGGCUGUACAGAUGAUCCCCGUGAGUAGAGAUGGUGAUGAUCCCUGUGACUGCUGCUCUGAGUGUGCAACAGCAGGCGAUGUGGAUGGCAUGGUGUCUGGCGCCGUGCACACCACCAUCGCCACCAUCCGCCCGGCUGUACAGAUGAUACCCGUGAGUAGAGAUGGUGAUGAUCCCUGUGACUGCUGCUCUGAGUGUGCAACAGCAGGCGAUGUGGAUGGCAUGGUGUCUGGCGCCGUGCACACCACCAUCGCCACCAUCCGCCCGGCUGUACAGAUGAUCCCCGUGAGUAGAGAUGGUGAUGAUCCCUGUGACUGCUGCUCUGAGUGUGCAACAGCAGGCGAUGUGGAUGGCAUGGUGUCUGGCGCCGUGCACACCACCAUCGCCACCAUCCGCCCGGCUGUACAGAUGAUCCCCGUGAGUAGAGAUGGUGAUGAUCCCUGUGACUGCUGCUCUGAGUGUGCAACAGCAGGCGAUGUGGAUGGCAUGGUGUCUGGCGCCGUGCACACCACCAUCGCCACCAUCCGCCCGGCUGUACAGAUGAUCCCCGUGAGUAGAGAUGGUGAUGAUCCCUGUGACUGCUGCUCUGAGUGUGCAACAGCAGGCGAUGUGGAUGGCAUGGUGUCUGGCGCCGUGCACACCACCAUCGCCACCAUCCGCCCGGCUGUACAGAUGAUCCCCGUGAGUAGAGAUGGUGAUGAUCCCUGUGACUGCUGCUCUGAGUGUGCAACAGCAGGCGAUGUGGAUGGCAUGGUGUCUGGCGCCGUGCACACCACCAUCGCCACCAUCCGCCCGGCUGUACAGAUGAUCCCCGUGAGUAGAGAUGGUGAUGAUCCCUGUGACUGCUGCUCUGAGUGUGCAACAGCAGGCGAUGUGGAUGGCAUGGUGUCUGGCGCCGUGCACACCACCAUCGCCACCAUCCGCCCGGCUGUACAGAUGAUACCCGUGAGUAGAGAUGGUGAUGAUCCCUGUGACUGCUGCUCUGAGUGUGCAACAGCAGGCGAUGUGGAUGGCAUGGUGUCUGGCGCCGUGCACACCACCAUCGCCACCAUCCGCCCGGCUGUACAGAUGAUCCCCGUGAGUAGAGAUGGUGAUGAUCCCUGUGACUGCUGCUCUGAGUGUGCAACAGCAGGCGAUGUGGAUGGCAUGGUGUCUGGCGCCGUGCACACCACCAUCGCCACCAUCCGCCCGGCUGUACAGAUGAUCCCCGUGAGUAGAGAUGGUGAUGAUCCCUGUGACUGCUGCUCUGAGUGUGCAACAGCAGGCGAUGUGGAUGGCAUGGUGUCUGGCGCCGUGCACACCACCAUCGCCACCAUCCGCCCGGCUGUACAGAUGAUACCCGUGAGUAGAGAUGGUGAUGAUCCCUGUGACUGCUGCUCUGAGUGUGCAACAGCAGGCGAUGUGGAUGGCAUGGUGUCUGGCGCCGUGCACACCACCAUCGCCACCAUCCGCCCGGCUGUACAGAUGAUCCCCGUGAGUAGAGAUGGUGAUGAUCCCUGUGACUGCUGCUCUGAGUGUGCAACAGCAGGUGAUGUGGAUGGCAUGGUGUCUGGCGCCGUGCACACCACCAUCGCCACCAUCCGCCCGGCUGUACAGAUGAUCCCCGUGAGUAGAGAUGGUGAUGAUCCCUGUGACUGCUGCUCUGAGUGUGCAACAGCAGGCGAUGUGGAUGGCAUGGUGUCUGGCGCCGUGCACACCACCAUCGCCACCAUCCGCCCGGCUGUACAGAUGAUACCCGUGAGUAGAGAUGGUGAUGAUCCCUGUGACUGCUGCUCUGAGUGUGCAACAGCAGGCGAUGUGGAUGGCAUGGUGUCUGGCGCCGUGCACACCACCAUCGCCACCAUCCGCCCGGCUGUACAGAUGAUCCCCGUGAGUAGAGAUGGUGAUGAUCCCUGUGACUGCUGCUCUGAGUGUGCAACAGCAGGCGAUGUGGAUGGCAUGGUGUCUGGCGCCGUGCACACCACCAUCGCCACCAUCCGCCCGGCUGUACAGAUGAUACCCGUGAGUAGAGAUGGUGAUGAUCCCUGUGACUGCUGCUCUGAGUGUGCAACAGCAGGCGAUGUGGAUGGCAUGGUGUCUGGCGCCGUGCACACCACCAUCGCCACCAUCCGCCCGGCUGUACAGAUGAUCCCCGUGAGUAGAGAUGGUGAUGAUCCCUGUGACUGCUGCUCUGAGUGUGCAACAGCAGGCGAUGUGGAUGGCAUGGUGUCUGGCGCCGUGCACACCACCAUCGCCACCAUCCGCCCGGCUGUACAGAUGAUCCCCGUGAGUAGAGAUGGUGAUGAUCCCUGUGACUGCUGCUCUGAGUGUGCAACAGCAGGCGAUGUGGAUGGCAUGGUGUCUGGCGCCGUGCACACCACCAUCGCCACCAUCCGCCCGGCUGUACAGAUGAUACCCGUGAGUAGAGAUGGUGAUGAUCCCUGUGACUGCUGCUCUGAGUGUGCAACAGCAGGCGAUGUGGAUGGCAUGGUGCCUGGCGCCGUGCACACCACCAUCGCCACCAUCCGCCCGGCUGUACAGAUGAUACCCGUGAGUAGAGAUGGUGAUGAUCCCUGUGACUGCUGCUCUGAGUGUGCAACAGCAGGCGAUGUGGAUGGCAUGGUGUCUGGCGCCGUGCACACCACCAUCGCCACCAUCCGCCCGGCUGUACAGAUGAUACCCGUGAGUAGAGAUGGUGAUGAUCCCUGUGACUGCUGCUCUGAGUGUGCAACAGCAGGCGAUGUGGAUGGCAUGGUGUCUGGCGCCGUGCACACCACCAUCGCCACCAUCCGCCCGGCUGUACAGAUGAUACCCGUGAGUAGAGAUGGUGAUGAUCCCUGUGACUGCUGCUCUGAGUGUGCAACAGCAGGCGAUGUGGAUGGCAUGGUGUCUGGCGCCGUGCACACCACCAUCGCCACCAUCCGCCCGGCUGUACAGAUGAUCCCCGUGAGUAGAGAUGGUGAUGAUCCCUGUGACUGCUGCUCUGAGUGUGCAACAGCAGGCGAUGUGGAUGGCAUGGUGUCUGGCGCCGUGCACACCACCAUCGCCACCAUCCGCCCGGCUGUACAGAUGAUCCCCGUGAGUAGAGAUGGUGAUGAUCCCUGUGACUGCUGCUCUGAGUGUGCAACAGCAGGCGAUGUGGAUGGCAUGGUGUCUGGCGCCGUGCACACCACCAUCGCCACCAUCCGCCCGGCUGUACAGAUGAUACCCGUGAGUAGAGAUGGUGAUGAUCCCUGUGACUGCUGCUCUGAGUGUGCAACAGCAGGCGAUGUGGAUGGCAUGGUGUCUGGCGCCGUGCACACCACCAUCGCCACCAUCCGCCCGGCUGUACAGAUGAUCCCCGUGAGUAGAGAUGGUGAUGAUCCCUGUGACUGCUGCUCUGAGUGUGCAACAGCAGGCGAUGUGGAUGGCAUGGUGUCUGGCGCCGUGCACACCACCAUCGCCACCAUCCGCCCGGCUGUACAGAUGAUACCCGUGAGUAGAGAUGGUGAUGAUCCCUGUGACUGCUGCUCUGAGUGUGCAACAGCAGGCGAUGUGGAUGGCAUGGUGUCUGGCGCCGUGCACACCACCAUCGCCACCAUCCGCCCGGCUGUACAGAUGAUCCCCGUGAGUAGAGAUGGUGAUGAUCCCUGUGACUGCUGCUCUGAGUGUGCAACAGCAGGCGAUGUGGAUGGCAUGGUGUCUGGCGCCGUGCACACCACCAUCGCCACCAUCCGCCCGGCUGUACAGAUGAUCCCCGUGAGUAGAGAUGGUGAUGAUCCCUGUGACUGCUGCUCUGAGUGUGCAACAGCAGGCGAUGUGGAUGGCAUGGUGUCUGGCGCCGUGCACACCACCAUCGCCACCAUCCGCCCGGCUGUACAGAUGAUACCCGUGAGUAGAGAUGGUGAUGAUCCCUGUGACUGCUGCUCUGAGUGUGCAACAGCAGGCGAUGUGGAUGGCAUGGUGUCUGGCGCCGUGCACACCACCAUCGCCACCAUCCGCCCGGCUGUACAGAUGAUACCCGUGAGUAGAGAUGGUGAUGAUCCCUGUGACUGCUGCUCUGAGUGUGCAACAGCAGGCGAUGUGGAUGGCAUGGUGUCUGGCGCCGUGCACACCACCAUCGCCACCAUCCGCCCGGCUGUACAGAUGAUCCCCGUGAGUAGAGAUGGUGAUGAUCCCUGUGACUGCUGCUCUGAGUGUGCAACAGCAGGCGAUGUGGAUGGCAUGGUGUCUGGCGCCGUGCACACCACCAUCGCCACCAUCCGCCCGGCUGUACAGAUGAUCCCCGUGAGUAGAGAUGGUGAUGAUCCCUGUGACUGCUGCUCUGAGUGUGCAACAGCAGGCGAUGUGGAUGGCAUGGUGUCUGGCGCCGUGCACACCACCAUCGCCACCAUCCGCCCGGCUGUACAGAUGAUACCCGUGAGUAGAGAUGGUGAUGAUCCCUGUGACUGCUGCUCUGAGUGUGCAACAGCAGGCGAUGUGGAUGGCAUGGUGUCUGGCGCCGUGCACACCACCAUCGCCACCAUCCGCCCGGCUGUACAGAUGAUCCCCGUGAGUAGAGAUGGUGAUGAUCCCUGUGACUGCUGCUCUGAGUGUGCAACAGCAGGCGAUGUGGAUGGCAUGGUGUCUGGCGCCGUGCACACCACCAUCGCCACCAUCCGCCCGGCUGUACAGAUGAUACCCGUGAGUAGAGAUGGUGAUGAUCCCUGUGACUGCUGCUCUGAGUGUGCAACAGCAGGCGAUGUGGAUGGCAUGGUGUCUGGCGCCGUGCACACCACCAUCGCCACCAUCCGCCCGGCUGUACAGAUGAUACCCGUGAGUAGAGAUGGUGAUGAUCCCUGUGACUGCUGCUCUGAGUGUGCAACAGCAGGCGAUGUGGAUGGCAUGGUGUCUGGCGCCGUGCACACCACCAUCGCCACCAUCCGCCCGGCUGUACAGAUGAUACCCGUGAGUAGAGAUGGUGAUGAUCCCUGUGACUGCUGCUCUGAGUGUGCAACAGCAGGCGAUGUGGAUGGCAUGGUGUCUGGCGCCGUGCACACCACCAUCGCCACCAUCCGCCCGGCUGUACAGAUGAUACCCGUGAGUAGAGAUGGUGAUGAUCCCUGUGACUGCUGCUCUGAGUGUGCAACAGCAGGCGAUGUGGAUGGCAUGGUGUCUGGCGCCGUGCACACCACCAUCGCCACCAUCCGCCCGGCUGUACAGAUGAUACCCGUGAGUAGAGAUGGUGAUGAUCCCUGUGACUGCUGCUCUGAGUGUGCAACAGCAGGCGAUGUGGAUGGCAUGGUGUCUGGCGCCGUGCACACCACCAUCGCCACCAUCCGCCCGGCUGUACAGAUGAUCCCCGUGAGUAGAGAUGGUGAUGAUCCCUGUGACUGCUGCUCUGAGUGUGCAACAGCAGGCGAUGUGGAUGGCAUGGUGUCUGGCGCCGUGCACACCACCAUCGCCACCAUCCGCCCGGCUGUACAGAUGAUACCCGUGAGUAGAGAUGGUGAUGAUCCCUGUGACUGCUGCUCUGAGUGUGCAACAGCAGGCGAUGUGGAUGGCAUGGUGUCUGGCGCCGUGCACACCACCAUCGCCACCAUCCGCCCGGCUGUACAGAUGAUACCCGUGAGUAGAGAUGGUGAUGAUCCCUGUGACUGCUGCUCUGAGUGUGCAACAGCAGGCGAUGUGGAUGGCAUGGUGUCUGGCGCCGUGCACACCACCAUCGCCACCAUCCGCCCGGCUGUACAGAUGAUCCCCGUGAGUAGAGAUGGUGAUGAUCCCUGUGACUGCUGCUCUGAGUGUGCAACAGCAGGCGAUGUGGAUGGCAUGGUGUCUGGCGCCGUGCACACCACCAUCGCCACCAUCCGCCCGGCUGUACAGAUGAUACCCGUGAGUAGAGAUGGUGAUGAUCCCUGUGACUGCUGCUCUGAGUGUGCAACAGCAGGCGAUGUGGAUGGCAUGGUGUCUGGCGCCGUGCACACCACCAUCGCCACCAUCCGCCCGGCUGUACAGAUGAUACCCGUGAGUAGAGAUGGUGAUGAUCCCUGUGACUGCUGCUCUGAGUGUGCAACAGCAGGCGAUGUGGAUGGCAUGGUGUCUGGCGCCGUGCACACCACCAUCGCCACCAUCCGCCCGGCUGUACAGAUGAUACCCGUGAGUAGAGAUGGUGAUGAUCCCUGUGACUGCUGCUCUGAGUGUGCAACAGCAGGCGAUGUGGAUGGCAUGGUGUCUGGCGCCGUGCACACCACCAUCGCCACCAUCCGCCCGGCUGUACAGAUGAUACCCGUGAGUAGAGAUGGUGAUGAUCCCUGUGACUGCUGCUCUGAGUGUGCAUCAGCAGGCGAUGUGGAUGGCAUGGUGUCUGGCGCCGUGCACACCACCAUCGCCACCAUCCGCCCGGCUGUACAGAUGAUCCCCGUGAGUAGAGAUGGUGAUGAUCCCUGUGACUGCUGCUCUGAGUGUGCAACAGCAGGCGAUGUGGAUGGCAUGGUGUCUGGCGCCGUGCACACCACCAUCGCCACCAUCCGCCCGGCUGUACAGAUGAUACCCGUGAGUAGAGAUGGUGAUGAUCCCUGUGACUGCUGCUCUGAGUGUGCAACAGCAGGCGAUGUGGAUGGCAUGGUGUCUGGCGCCGUGCACACCACCAUCGCCACCAUCCGCCCGGCUGUACAGAUGAUACCCGUGAGUAGAGAUGGUGAUGAUCCCUGUGACUGCUGCUCUGAGUGUGCAACAGCAGGCGAUGUGGAUGGCAUGGUGUCUGGCGCCGUGCACACCACCAUCGCCACCAUCCGCCCGGCUGUACAGAUGAUCCCCGUGAGUAGAGAUGGUGAUGAUCCCUGUGACUGCUGCUCUGAGUGUGCAACAGCAGGCGAUGUGGAUGGCAUGGUGUCUGGCGCCGUGCACACCACCAUCGCCACCAUCCGCCCGGCUGUACAGAUGAUACCCGUGAGUAGAGAUGGUGAUGAUCCCUGUGACUGCUGCUCUGAGUGUGCAACAGCAGGCGAUGUGGAUGGCAUGGUGUCUGGCGCCGUGCACACCACCAUCGCCACCAUCCGCCCGGCUGUACAGAUGAUACCCGUGAGUAGAGAUGGUGAUGAUCCCUGUGACUGCUGCUCUGAGUGUGCAACAGCAGGCGAUGUGGAUGGCAUGGUGUCUGGCGCCGUGCACACCACCAUCGCCACCAUCCGCCCGGCUGUACAGAUGAUACCCGUGAGUAGAGAUGGUGAUGAUCCCUGUGACUGCUGCUCUGAGUGUGCAACAGCAGGCGAUGUGGAUGGCAUGGUGUCUGGCGCCGUGCACACCACCAUCGCCACCAUCCGCCCGGCUGUACAGAUGAUACCCGUGAGUAGAGAUGGUGAUGAUCCCUGUGACUGCUGCUCUGAGUGUGCAACAGCAGGCGAUGUGGAUGGCAUGGUGUCUGGCGCCGUGCACACCACCAUCGCCACCAUCCGCCCGGCUGUACAGAUGAUACCCGUGAGUAGAGAUGGUGAUGAUCCCUGUGACUGCUGCUCUGAGUGUGCAACAGCAGGCGAUGUGGAUGGCAUGGUGUCUGGCGCCGUGCACACCACCAUCGCCACCAUCCGCCCGGCUGUACAGAUGAUACCCGUGAGUAGAGAUGGUGAUGAUCCCUGUGACUGCUGCUCUGAGUGUGCAACAGCAGGCGAUGUGGAUGGCAUGGUGUCUGGCGCCGUGCACACCACCAUCGCCACCAUCCGCCCGGCUGUACAGAUGAUACCCGUGAGUAGAGAUGGUGAUGAUCCCUGUGACUGCUGCUCUGAGUGUGCAACAGCAGGCGAUGUGGAUGGCAUGGUGUCUGGCGCCGUGCACACCACCAUCGCCACCAUCCGCCCGGCUGUACAGAUGAUACCCGUGAGUAGAGAUGGUGAUGAUCCCUGUGACUGCUGCUCUGAGUGUGCAACAGCAGGCGAUGUGGAUGGCAUGGUGUCUGGCGCCGUGCACACCACCAUCGCCACCAUCCGCCCGGCUGUACAGAUGAUACCCGUGAGUAGAGAUGGUGAUGGUCCCUGUGACUGCUGCUCUGAGUGUGCAACAGCAGGCGAUGUGGAUGGCAUGGUGUCUGGCGCCGUGCACACCACCAUCGCCACCAUCCGCCCGGCUGUACAGAUGAUACCCGUGAGUAGAGAUGGUGAUGAUCCCUGUGACUGCUGCUCUGAGUGUGCAACAGCAGGCGAUGUGGAUGGCAUGGUGUCUGGCGCCGUGCACACCACCAUCGCCACCAUCCGCCCGGCUGUACAGAUGAUACCCGUGAGUAGAGAUGGUGAUGGUCCCUGUGACUGCUGCUCUGAGUGUGCAACAGCAGGCGAUGUGGAUGGCAUGGUGUCUGGCGCCGUGCACACCACCAUCGCCACCAUCCGCCCGGCUGUACAGAUGAUACCCGUGAGUAGAGAUGGUGAUGAUCCCUGUGACUGCUGCUCUGAGUGUGCAACAGCAGGCGAUGUGGAUGGCAUGGUGUCUGGCGCCGUGCACACCACCAUCGCCACCAUCCGCCCGGCUGUACAGAUGAUACCCGUGAGUAGAGAUGGUGAUGAUCCCUGUGACUGCUGCUCUGAGUGUGCAACAGCAGGCGAUGUGGAUGGCAUGGUGUCUGGCGCCGUGCACACCACCAUCGCCACCAUCCGCCCGGCUGUACAGAUGAUACCCGUGAGUAGAGAUGGUGAUGAUCCCUGUGACUGCUGCUCUGAGUGUGCAACAGCAGGCGAUGUGGAUGGCAUGGUGUCUGGCGCCGUGCACACCACCAUCGCCACCAUCCGCCCGGCUGUACAGAUGAUACCCGUGAGUAGAGAUGGUGAUGAUCCCUGUGACUGCUGCUCUGAGUGUGCAACAGCAGGCGAUGUGGAUGGCAUGGUGUCUGGCGCCGUGCACACCACCAUCGCCACCAUCCGCCCGGCUGUACAGAUGAUACCCGUGAGUAGAGAUGGUGAUGAUCCCUGUGACUGCUGCUCUGAGUGUGCAACAGCAGGCGAUGUGGAUGGCAUGGUGUCUGGCGCCGUGCACACCACCAUCGCCACCAUCCGCCCGGCUGUACAGAUGAUACCCGUGAGUAGAGAUGGUGAUGAUCCCUGUGACUGCUGCUCUGAGUGUGCAACAGCAGGCGAUGUGGAUGGCAUGGUGUCUGGCGCCGUGCACACCACCAUCGCCACCAUCCGCCCGGCUGUACAGAUGAUCCCCGUGAGUAGAGAUGGUGAUGAUCCCUGUGACUGCUGCUCUGAGUGUGCAACAGCAGGCGAUGUGGAUGGCAUGGUGUCUGGCGCCGUGCACACCACCAUCGCCACCAUCCGCCCGGCUGUACAGAUGAUACCCGUGAGUAGAGAUGGUGAUGAUCCCUGUGACUGCUGCUCUGAGUGUGCAACAGCAGGCGAUGUGGAUGGCAUGGUGUCUGGCGCCGUGCACACCACCAUCGCCACCAUCCGCCCGGCUGUACAGAUGAUACCCGUGAGUAGAGAUGGUGAUGAUCCCUGUGACUGCUGCUCUGAGUGUGCAACAGCAGGCGAUGUGGAUGGCAUGGUGUCUGGCGCCGUGCACACCACCAUCGCCACCAUCCGCCCGGCUGUACAGAUGAUACCCGUGAGUAGAGAUGGUGAUGAUCCCUGUGACUGCUGCUCUGAGUGUGCAACAGCAGGCGAUGUGGAUGGCAUGGUGUCUGGCGCCGUGCACACCACCAUCGCCACCAUCCGCCCGGCUGUACAGAUGAUACCCGUGAGUAGAGAUGGUGAUGAUCCCUGUGACUGCUGCUCUGAGUGUGCAACAGCAGGCGAUGUGGAUGGCAUGGUGUCUGGCGCCGUGCACACCACCAUCGCCACCAUCCGCCCGGCUGUACAGAUGAUACCCGUGAGUAGAGAUGGUGAUGAUCCCUGUGACUGCUGCUCUGAGUGUGCAACAGCAGGCGAUGUGGAUGGCAUGGUGUCUGGCGCCGUGCACACCACCAUCGCCACCAUCCGCCCGGCUGUACAGAUGAUACCCGUGAGUAGAGAUGGUGAUGAUCCCUGUGACUGCUGCUCUGAGUGUGCAACAGCAGGCGAUGUGGAUGGCAUGGUGUCUGGCGCCGUGCACACCACCAUCGCCACCAUCCGCCCGGCUGUACAGAUGAUACCCGUGAGUAGAGAUGGUGAUGAUCCCUGUGACUGCUGCUCUGAGUGUGCAACAGCAGGCGAUGUGGAUGGCAUGGUGUCUGGCGCCGUGCACACCACCAUCGCCACCAUCCGCCCGGCUGUACAGAUGAUACCCGUGAGUAGAGAUGGUGAUGAUCCCUGUGACUGCUGCUCUGAGUGUGCAACAGCAGGCGAUGUGGAUGGCAUGGUGUCUGGCGCCGUGCACACCACCAUCGCCACCAUCCGCCCGGCUGUACAGAUGAUACCCGUGAGUAGAGAUGGUGAUGGUCCCUGUGACUGCUGCUCUGAGUGUGCAACAGCAGGCGAUGUGGAUGGCAUGGUGUCUGGCGCCGUGCACACCACCAUCGCCACCAUCCGCCCGGCUGUACAGAUGAUACCCGUGAGUAGAGAUGGUGAUGAUCCCUGUGACUGCUGCUCUGAGUGUGCAACAGCAGGCGAUGUGGAUGGCAUGGUGUCUGGCGCCGUGCACACCACCAUCGCCACCAUCCGCCCGGCUGUACAGAUGAUACCCGUGAGUAGAGAUGGUGAUGGUCCCUGUGACUGCUGCUCUGAGUGUGCAACAGCAGGCGAUGUGGAUGGCAUGGUGUCUGGCGCCGUGCACACCACCAUCGCCACCAUCCGCCCGGCUGUACAGAUGAUACCCGUGAGUAGAGAUGGUGAUGAUCCCUGUGACUGCUGCUCUGAGUGUGCAACAGCAGGCGAUGUGGAUGGCAUGGUGUCUGGCGCCGUGCACACCACCAUCGCCACCAUCCGCCCGGCUGUACAGAUGAUACCCGUGAGUAGAGAUGGUGAUGAUCCCUGUGACUGCUGCUCUGAGUGUGCAACAGCAGGCGAUGUGGAUGGCAUGGUGUCUGGCGCCGUGCACACCACCAUCGCCACCAUCCGCCCGGCUGUACAGAUGAUACCCGUGAGUAGAGAUGGUGAUGAUCCCUGUGACUGCUGCUCUGAGUGUGCAACAGCAGGCGAUGUGGAUGGCAUGGUGUCUGGCGCCGUGCACACCACCAUCGCCACCAUCCGCCCGGCUGUACAGAUGAUACCCGUGAGUAGAGAUGGUGAUGAUCCCUGUGACUGCUGCUCUGAGUGUGCAACAGCAGGCGAUGUGGAUGGCAUGGUGUCUGGCGCCGUGCACACCACCAUCGCCACCAUCCGCCCGGCUGUACAGAUGAUACCCGUGAGUAGAGAUGGUGAUGAUCCCUGUGACUGCUGCUCUGAGUGUGCAACAGCAGGCGAUGUGGAUGGCAUGGUGUCUGGCGCCGUGCACACCACCAUCGCCACCAUCCGCCCGGCUGUACAGAUGAUACCCGUGAGUAGAGAUGGUGAUGAUCCCUGUGACUGCUGCUCUGAGUGUGCAACAGCAGGCGAUGUGGAUGGCAUGGUGUCUGGCGCCGUGCACACCACCAUCGCCACCAUCCGCCCGGCUGUACAGAUGAUACCCGUGAGUAGAGAUGGUGAUGAUCCCUGUGACUGCUGCUCUGAGUGUGCAACAGCAGGCGAUGUGGAUGGCAUGGUGUCUGGCGCCGUGCACACCACCAUCGCCACCAUCCGCCCGGCUGUACAGAUGAUACCCGUGAGUAGAGAUGGUGAUGAUCCCUGCGAUGUGGAUGGCAUGGUGUCUGGCGCCGUGCACACCACCAUCGCCACCAUCCGCCCGGCUGUACAGAUGAUACCCGUGAGUAGAGAUGGUGAUGAUCCCUGUGACUGCUGCUCUGAGUGUGCAACAGCAGGCGAUGUGGAUGGCAUGGUGUCUGGCGCCGUGCACACCACCAUCGCCACCAUCCGCCCGGCUGUACAGAUGAUACCCGUGAGUAGAGAUGGUGAUGGUCCCUGUGACUGCUGCUCUGAGUGUGCAACAGCAGGCGAUGUGGAUGGCAUGGUGUCUGGCGCCGUGCACACCACCAUCGCCACCAUCCGCCCGGCUGUACAGAUGAUACCCGUGAGUAGAGAUGGUGAUGAUCCCUGUGACUGCUGCUCUGAGUGUGCAACAGCAGGCGAUGUGGAUGGCAUGGUGUCUGGCGCCGUGCACACCACCAUCGCCACCAUCCGCCCGGCUGUACAGAUGAUACCCGUGAGUAGAGAUGGUGAUGAUCCCUGUGACUGCUGCUCUGAGUGUGCAACAGCAGGCGAUGUGGAUGGCAUGGUGUCUGGCGCCGUGCACACCACCAUCGCCACCAUCCGCCCGGCUGUACAGAUGAUACCCGUGAGUAGAGAUGGUGAUGGUCCCUGUGACUGCUGCUCUGAGUGUGCAACAGCAGGCGAUGUGGAUGGCAUGGUGUCUGGCGCCGUGCACACCACCAUCGCCACCAUCCGCCCGGCUGUACAGAUGAUACCCGUGAGUAGAGAUGGUGAUGAUCCCUGUGACUGCUGCUCUGAGUGUGCAACAGCAGGCGAUGUGGAUGGCAUGGUGUCUGGCGCCGUGCACACCACCAUCGCCACCAUCCGCCCGGCUGUACAGAUGAUACCCGUGAGUAGAGAUGGUGAUGGUCCCUGUGACUGCUGCUCUGAGUGUGCAACAGCAGGCGAUGUGGAUGGCAUGGUGUCUGGCGCCGUGCACACCACCAUCGCCACCAUCCGCCCGGCUGUACAGAUGAUACCCGUGAGUAGAGAUGGUGAUGAUCCCUGUGACUGCUGCUCUGAGUGUGCAACAGCAGGCGAUGUGGAUGGCAUGGUGUCAGGCUGCAUCCUGCGCUAUCCUGCCAUGAAACUGCCCAACACUGCGAUCAUCUCGAGCGUCUUCUUCAUGUGCCUGCCCGACCAUGUGUACAUCUACGGUGACUGCGCCAUCAACUCCAAUCCGACGGCUGAGGAGCUCGCGAUGAUCGCCAUCUCAUCCGCCGAUACCGCUGCUGCCUUCGGCGUGGAGCCGCGUGUUGCGAUGCUCUCAUAUUCCACUCUGGACGAGCGCAAGGAAGACACCAUAGUGCAGAAGGUGGUGCGGGCAACGCAGCUGGUGAAGCAGCAGCGGCCGGACCUGCUGGUGGAGGGACCCCUGCAGUACGACGCUGCUGUCAACCCCAUGGCCGCCCACAACAAGAUGGACGGCAGAGAGUCCGACGUGGCCGGCAAGGCCUCAGUCCUCAUAUUCCCAGACCUCAACACAGGCAACAACACCUACAAGGCCGUGCAACAGGCCACAGGAGCCAUCGCGAUGGGACCGGUGCUGCAGGGGUUGAGUCGGCCGGUGAAUGAUUUGAGCCGUGGGUGCACCACCAAGGACAUUGUUAACACCAUUGCCAUCACCAGCGUGCAAGCUGCUGCUGGCAAGGCGGCGCGCGCAGCACAAGAGGCCGCCGCUUAA